CGAGAGACAUCAUCUGAUACUCCAGGAUGCAGCAGUUUUCUCGAUUAACGUUCUUUUUCUUCAUUUUAUUGCUUCAAGGGUUUUCGGCCCUAGGACAAAAUGACGCUACAGUAGAAGUGAUCUCAAACUUUAUAGGGUGUUUGAAACAAAGCGGUGUGUUCUCAUAUGAACAAAAUGAGGAUCUGGACCUAGUCUUAGAAACGGCCAAAAUGCAGAGAAAUAAAAUGGGAAACAGAGUAACAGAAAGCAAACUUAAAACAAUAAGGAUGGGUGUGGCUGGAUCCAUAGCUGAAACAGCAGUAGCUUCCCCGAAUGGAGCUUCUCCGUCUUUGACAAGCAGCGUUGACAACUGUUUGACUAGCGCAAUGCUUCAAGUGACUGGACAAGUAGAUCAAACGUUCAGAACGGAAAUGUCACAAAUCAUGCAAGUAGUGUAUAAUGACGAAAAAAAUUCUGUAUCUUCAUCCGGAUAUGGUGCUGGCGCAGGAGCUGGAACUGGUGCUGGUGCCGGAUCAGGUGCAGGAGCCGGAGCUGGAUAUGGAGGAGGCUACGGAGUUGGUAAGGGUGCUGGAUCAGGCGCUGGAUAUGGAGCUGGAGCUGGAUCAGGAGCAGCAGCUGGAGCUGGUUUUGGAGGCGGGUACGGUGCGGGAGCUGGAGCAGGUGCUGGAGCCGGAAGUGGUUAUGGUGCUGGUUCUGGAGCUGGAACAGGUGCUGGAUCCGGAUCUGGAACAGGUGCUGGCUCCGGAUACGGUGUUGGCUAUGGCAGAGGUUAUGGUGCUGGUUCCGGAACUGGAUCAGGUGUUGGUGCAGGAUCAGGGGCUGGAGCAGGAGUCGGGUCAGGAACUGGAGCAGGAACCGGAUCAGGGGCUGGAGCAGGAGCAGGAUCAGGUACUGGAGCCGGAUCAGGUGCUGGUGCAGGAUCAGGUGCUGGUGCAGGAUCAGGUGCUGGAUAUGGAAGAGGAUAUGGUGCUGGAGCUGGAUACGGCUCAGGUGUAGGAAUCGGAGCGGGAGCAGGAGCUGGAACCGGUAGUGGUUAUGGAGCUGGUUCUGGUGUUGGAUCAGGUGCAGGAGCGGGAUCUGGAUCGGGUGCUGGAACCGGAGCUGGUUAUGGAGUUGGUUACGAUGGUGGUUCCGGAGUCGGCUCAGGUGCUGGUGCAGGAACUGGUUCAGGUACAGGAGCCGGAGCUGGAUACGGUGCUGGAGCCGGAUCUGGUGCUGGUGCAGGCACAGGAGCAGGAUCAGGUUCUGGAGCUGGAUAUGGAACAGGAUACGGUGUUGGAGCUGGAGCAGGAUCAGGUGCAGGAGCCGGUUACGGAAGUGGCUAUGGUGCUGGUUCUGGAGUAGGAUCAGGUGCUGGGGCAGGAGCAGGAUCAGGUGCAGGAACCGGUUACGGAAGUGGCUAUGGUGCUGGUUCUGGAGUAGGAUCAGGUUCUGGGGCUGGUUCUGGAAGAGGUUACGGUGCUGGUUCUGGAGCUGGAUCGGGUGCAGGAGCCGGAUCUGGAUUAGGUGCUGGAGCUGGGUACGGAAGAGGAUCUGGUGCUGGAGCUGGAUCAGGUGCAGGAGCCGGAGGUGGAUCAGGUUCUGGAGCCGGUUACGGAAGUGGCUAUGGUGCAGGUUCUGGAGCUGGAUCAGGUGCUGGUUCUGGAGAUGGAUCAGGUGCUGGUUCUGGAGCAGGAUCAGGAGCAGGUUCUGGAGCAGGAUCAGGAGCUGGUUCUGGAUACGGAAGAGGAUAUGGUGCUGGAGCAGGUGGAGGAGCCGGUUACGGAAGUGGUAAUGGUGCUGGUUCUGGAGCAGGAUCAGGUGCUGGUGCUGGAUCUGGAAAUGGUUACGGUGCUGGUUCUGGAGCUGGAUUAGGUGUAGGAGCCGGGUAUGGAUCAGGUGCUGGAGCUGGAGCAGGAGCAGGUUCAGGAGCCGGUUACGGAACUGGUUAUGGUGCAGGUUCUGGAACUGGAUCAGGUGCUGGUGCUAGUUCUGGAGCUGGAUCGGGUGCAGGAGCCGGAUCUGGAUUAGGUGCUGGAGCUGGGUACGGAAGAGGAUCUGGUGCUGGAGCUGGAUCAGGUGCAGGAGCCGGUGGUGGAUCAGGUUCUGGAGCCGGCUAUGGAAGUGGCUAUGGUGCAGGUUCUGGAGCAGGAUCAGGAGCUGGUUCUGGAUACGGAAGAGGAUAUGGUGCUGGAGCAGGUGGAGGAGCAGGUUACGGAAGUGGUUAUGGUGCUAGGUCUGGAGCAGGAUCUGGAUCAGGUACAGGAGCAGGAUAUGGAUCAGGUGCUGGAGCUGGAUACGGUGCUGGAGCUGGAGUUGGAGCAGGUUCAGGAGUUGGUUACGGAACUGGUUAUGGUGCAGGUUCUGGAGCUGGAUCUGGUGCUGGUACUGGUUCAGCAGCUGGAUCGGGUACAGGAGCCGGAUCAGGAUCAGGUGCUGGAUACGGAAGGGGAUAUGGUGCUGGAGCCGGUACUGGUGCAGGAUCUGGAUCGGGUGCAGGAGCCGGAUCAGGAUCAGGUGCUGGAUCUGGAUUAGGUAAUGGAGCUGGGUUCGGAAGAGGAUAUGGUGCUGGGGCUAGAUCGGGUGCAGGAGCCGGAACUGGAUCAGGUGCUGGAGCUGGAUCAGGUUCUGGAGCCGGUUACGGCAGUGGUUAUGGUGCUGGUUCUGGAGCAGGAGCAGGUGCUGGUUCUGGAGCAGGAUCAGGUGCUGCUGCCGGAGCUGGAUCAGGUGCUGGUGCCGGAGCUGGAUCAGGUGCUGCUGCUGGUUCGGGUGCAGGAUCCGGAACUGGAUCAGGUUCUGGAGCUGGAUCAGGUGCAGGAGCCGGAUAUGGAGCGGGUGCAGGAGCAGGAGUUGGAUCAGGUUCUGGAGCCGGUUACGGAAGUGGUUAUGGUGCUGGUUCUGGAGCAGGAUCAGGUUCUGGUGCGGGAUCUGGAAGAGGUUAUGGUACUGGUUCUGGAGCUGGAUCAGGUGCAGGAGUAGGAUAUGGAUCAGGUGCUGGAGCUGGAUACGGUGCUGGAGCAGGUGCAGGAGCCGGAUCUGGAGCAGGAGCAGGAUAUGGAUCAGGUGCUGGAGCUGGAUACGGUGCUGGAACAGGUGCAGGAGCCGGAUCUGGAUCAGGUGCAGGAGUAGGAUAUGGAUCAAGUGCUGGAGCUGGAUACGGUGCUGGAUCUGGAUCUGGAGCAGGUGCAGGAGCCGGUUACGGAACUGGUUAUGGAGCUGGUUCUGGAAGAGGAUCUGGUGCUGGUGCCGGAGCUGGAUUUGGAGGAGGUUAUGGGGUUGGCUCCGGCGCAGGAUCAGGUGCUGGUGCUGGUGCUGGUUCUGGAGCUGGAGCAGGUGGAGGAGCCGGUUACGGAACUGGUUAUGGUGCUGGUUCUGGAACAGGAUCAGGUGCUGGUGCUGGAGCUGGAUCAGGUGCUGCUGCUGGUUCGGGUGCUGGAGCCGGAACUGGAUCAGGUGCUGGAGCUGGAUCAGGUGCAGUAGCCGGAUAUGGAGCGGGUGCAGGAGCAGGAGUUGGAUCAGGUUCUGGAGCCGGUUACGGAAGUGGUUAUGGUGCUGGUUCUGGAGCAGGAUCAGGUUCUGGUGCGGGAUCUGGAAGAGGUUACGGUACUGGUUCUGGAGCUGGAUCAGGUGCCGGAGCAGGAUAUGGAUCAGGUACUGGAGCUGGAUACGGUGCUGGAACAGGUGCAGGAGCCGGAUCUGGAUCAGGUGCAGGAGUAGGAUAUGGAUCAAGUGCUGGAGCUGGAUACGGUGCUGGAUCUGGAUCUGGAGCAGGUGCAGGAGCCGGUUACGGAACUGGUUAUGGAGCUGGUUCUGGAAGAGGAUCUGGUGCUGGUGCCGGAGCUGGAUUUGGAGGAGGUUAUGGGGUUGGCUCCGGCGCAGGAUCAGGUGCUGGUGCUGGUUCUGGAGAUGGAGCAGGUGGAGGAGCCGGUUACGGAACUGGUUAUGGUGCUGGUUCCGGCGCAGGAUCAGGUGCUGGUGCUGGUGCUGGUUCUGGAGCUGGGGCAGGUGGAGGAGCCGGUUACGGAAGUGGUUAUGGUGCUGGUUCUGGAGCUGGAUCAGGUGCUGCUGCUGGUUCGGGUGCAGGAGCCGGAACUGGAUCAGGUGCUGGAGCUGGAUUAGGUGCAGGAGCAGGAGUUGGAUCAGGUUCUGGAGCCGGUUACGGAAUUGGUUCUGGUGCUGGUUCUGGAGCAAGAGCAGGUGCUGGUUCUGGAGCAGGAUCAGGUGCUGGUGCGGGAUCUGGAAGAGGUUACGGUGCUGGUUCUGGAGCUGGAUCAGGUGCAGGAGCAGGAUAUGGAUCAGGUGCUGGAGCUGGAGCAGGUGCAGGAGCCGGUUACGGAACUGGUUAUGGUGCUGGUUAUGGAGCAGGAUCAGGUACUGGUGCCGGAGCUGGAUUUGGAGGAGGUUAUGGGGUUGGUUCCGGCGCAGGAUCAGGUGCUGGAGCUGGAUCUGGAUCUGGAUCAGGUGCUGGAGCUCGAUCUGGAUCAGGUGCUGGAGCUGGAUACGGAAGAGGAUAUGGUGCAGGAGCUGGAUCAGGUGCAGGAACCGGAGUUGGAUCAGGUUCUGGAGCCGGACUUGGAUCAGGUGUUGGUGCCGGAGCUGGAUACGCAGGUGGUUAUGGAGUUGGUUCCGCAGCAGGAUCAGGUGCUGGUGCUGGUUCUGGAGCAGGAUCAGGUGCUGGAACCGGAUACGGAGGAGGUUACGGUGCUGGUUUCGGAGCUGGAAGCGGCGCAGGAAUUGGUGCUGGUGCAGGAACUGGUAAUGCCAUUGGAGAUGCCUUUGCUCAAGAUUUUGCCAAGAAUUUCUUAUCUUCGAAUGUUUUGUCCACUGAAACUGUAACUUCCUCUUCUGCACAAGCGACUGCAUCCUCAAUGGCUGCUAGUGCAGCUCAAAGCUUGGGCUUGGAUGCUAAUACGGCUAACUACUUGUCAAACGAAAUGGCCAGAAUGGCUGCUUCCAUGGCACAGAGUGCUAGCGACCAGGCUGCUUUUGUUCAGGCUCUGUCUUAUAACAUGGGAAAACUUCUUGCGGAAUCUGGUGCAAUUAAUGAAAGUACUGCUUCAUCUGCUGCCUCGAGUGCCUCUUCUUCUGUAACCCAAACCAGAAGAACUUAUGGUCUUGGAGGAGGAGCUGGAUACGGUGCCGCAGCGGCAGCUGGCGUUGAUGCAUCAGCUGCGGCUGGAGCUGCAGCAGGAACUUCAGGAGGAUAUGGUGUAGCAUCUGGAGCAGGUGAAGGGGCAGGAGGUGCAAUUGGAUAUGGUGUAGGAUUAGCCAAUGCCGGAGGAUAUAGCGCUGGAACUGGAGGAACGUUUGGAUAUGGUGCUGCGAGUGGAGCUUCAGCAUCUUCAAGUGUCUCGUCUUCUAGUGGAGCUGGUACUGCAAAUUACGGUGGAUAUGGAUAUGGAACGGCAGGUGCAGCAACAGAGGCUGGUGCGUAUAGUAAUGCACUGAGUGGUCUGGCAUCCCCUGAAGCGGUAAACAGAAUGGUGUCUAAUAUUGGACCUAUUGUAUCUGGGGGUACGUCCGCUCUAUCCGAUGUAGCAUCAAAUAUUAUCUCCCAAGUGAGCGCUUCUGCUUCUGGUGCCUCUGCUAAUGAUAUUGUAAUUCAGGGAUUGCUGGAAUUGAUUUCUAUUCUUAUUCAUGCAAUAAAUAAUUCCUCCAUUGGUAAUGUUAAUCUAAAUGGAGUGGACGCAUCCAUGGCUGCUGUUAGACAGGCAAUGGCGCCUAUUCUUGGUUAAAUCAGAUAAAUGCCUCUUACUAAAUAAAAUCACAAAGGUCUUUGGAUAAUUGUUAACCGUUUUAUCAUUACAUUUAUUAAAUGCAAAUAAAUUUCUUAUGCCUAAAAA